AUGAUCUUUCCCUUGUGGCUCGCAGUGGCCGUAUGCUGCCUUACAUGGCUUCCAGGUUUGCUCGAUGCCAAGUCCUUAUUGGAUGUCAUCAACCAGGAGGGUAAUUCACAUUUUUUCCUCUUAUCCAUAGACUCCGCACGGGCCAACGACUUCCUCACCCACUCCCGACCCAAGCGCAACGUGGACCCCAGAUGGCACAGAGGCAACCCCGACUUCCAGUCCUUCUACCGCUACUACAGCAGCAUCGGACACACCGAGGGGCUCUAUGAGAUCGACAGGCUGAGGAUGCUCUACCAGCAGAUGCGGAGCCUGGAGCAGGUCUACGGGCCGGACGCCACCCACUACCAGAACAAGCUGGGCAUGCCCGUCGCCGCCCAGUGCGACCCGGCCACCGACAAGAAGUGCAAAUACCUCCCGCCUCCCCCCCCGGCCAUGAAGGGCCGGUUCCUGCCAGAGGAGCUCCCCGCCACCCCUCCCCCUGGCACCCCUCCCCCUCCCCCCCAGCCCCUGAUGUCCCAGGCGGACGUGCUGUACCUGUGCAACCCCAAAGACCCCCUCUGCAAGCCGCACAUCGUGUACCUCCCCACGGGCGCCAUACCGGUGCUCUGCGACCCACGCUACCACCCCACCUGCAAGCUCCAGAAGACCCCGCCGCCGCCGCCGCCGCCGGCCCCCAAGGCGUACGCCCCCCCGCCCCCGUCCAUGGUGAUCAUCAAGAAGUCGUCCCCGCCCGGCCCCCUCCGCUCCUUCAAAGGCAUGGAGUACGACUGCGACCCCUACUGGGACCCCGACUGCCUGAUCGACCACCCGCCCCGCCCCGUCCAGGGCAAGGUGGCGCUGGUCCCCCGGCCUCCCGCCUUACCCGUGGAGGUGGAGGAAGCCCCCGCGCCGCCCCCUCCACCACCCCCCCCAAUGAAGAGGAUGGUCCCCCACCCGUACGCCCUCUUCUACCCCAACGCCUACAACCCCGUGGACGACCUGUACGACCAGGCCCGCUUCCAGUACCCGCAGCCCGCCGACCCCGCCGAUGAGCCUGUCGAAGACGGCCAGUAG